GUAUAAACUAAAAAAGCCUUUUAAAAGGUUUACUUAUAGCCCAACCGAAAACAAGCCCAAUGUCCAAUCAAAAUGGCCCAAGUGGUUUAAUAGGCCAGUGAGGUAACUGAGAUUGAGGUGGGAGCUUCUGGGAAGAAAGAAACAAGGCGCUUCUGUACUUCACCCAAUCGCGAUUCACGCCCCUGUCAGAGACUCCGCCCACUCCCGUCUCCCAGCGCUUUUUCCGGCCGAUUGCAGCGCCACUGCCGGCGUCUGGUAGCUCCACACCUCCGGCGACUUCCCUCUCAACCUGAAAGAAUGAAACAACAUGCAAAAGCCUGAGUUUUGAAUAGAAUUAGAAAUCAUCAUGGAUUCACAAACCCAAAAUGCAUCACUACAACGCCUCCAAACUGUCGAAAAGAGGAUUGUUAGAGUAUUGGAACUUGCUGGUGGAGUGAUGGAAGAAUUCUCAAAUCCUAGUGGACCGAGGAAGGAAUUGGUCAACAAUCACUGCAGUGAAUUCAUGCAAUUAAUCAAGGAUAUACAAGUGACAUUAAGGGAAGAAAUCAAGAGUGCAUGCGAAUAUCGUCCAUUUGAGAAGUGUGAUUACAUAGCAAGAAUAUCAAAUGAAAUAUGCUGCCAAAAAGUCCAAUAUGUCCUUCAAAAAUUGGAUGGAAUGACAGAAACAGUCGAUGAAUAUCAUCAUGCAGCCUGAUUUUUUUUUUUUUUUUUUUUUUGAAUUGGUGGCAUGGAGUAGAAUUUAAACAUGAAAUCUGAUUACAACACUGUAAUGUUUGUCAGUUUUGUUUUGUCAAAUCGCUUGUGUCUUUUUCUAUAUUUCGCACCAAAUGCAACAAGUAAAAUAAUAAUAUAAAAUGAGGGUAAAAUGGUAA